CCGAUUGUAUCCUCCGCUUCAGUCGGGCGCUGAACCCGCGCUCUCUCUCUCCUAUAUACAGAGGCGCACGGCUAUACAUACGGUUUUGUAGCGUGCGCUCCGCGAGCCGAGCUUAUACUCUCCCCGAUUUUGUGUACAUCAAAGAUAUACAAAUAAAGUAUAAGCGGGGCUUUGUAUAUUUUUAUAGAUACGUCGAUCGCGGGCCUCUUCGUAUUCUUGUUUUUUUUCGAUACGUGUGUGUAACGGUUUGUGAACGAAUUUCAAUCCGUGAUCUGUGUAAGCCGCUCUCGAUCGAGUAUAUCGAGCUCCGAAUUUUACCAACCAAAACUGCGUGAAUCAAAGUGCAGAUUUUUUUUGGUCGCUGCCUCAGACAAACUAUUGUCUACGAGAAAUAAUAUCAAGUGUGUAUACAAGUUAGUGCUUCGAGUGCCUUUUUUUAUCAUAAAUAUCGCUUCCUUCAAACGCUCGUGUAUGUGCAGCAACAACAACGACGAUACAAAUACAAGAUAUCGUGACGCAAAAAUCUCUCGGAGGAGCCAAAGAACAGAGAGACACCCGCACGAAGACGCACAGUUGAUGAAAUUGAAAGUUGAUACGGUGUUCCUUCGUUCGAUAUAGAGUCGAGAGAUCUCUUCCUCGGGCAUCGGCGAUAUCGCUGCACUGUUAGUAUAUUUUCUCUAUACAUACACACGAGCGAUAUAUAGUUGAGUAGUGGCUGGCCGUGUGCAGGUCACGCUCUUACCAUCCAGCGCGCAGCAAGCACGCAACAACAACGCGCGACUCGCAUCCGAUUUUGGUACUCGCUUCUUCGUCUCCUUUGUACGCAUGAUGUUAUGAUUUAUUUCGCAUCCAAAUCAUCUUCAUCAUCAUCAUCACCAUCGUAGCUAUAGAUAAUAGUGUCCGUGUACGUAAAAGUACAAGAGGAGAUGCGUAUAGGCGGCGCCGCGACGAUGAGCAAUAAUGGCAGUCGCUUACUCGACGGGUAUCCUGACGCGCAACUCCUUUAACGACCACUACAAUCAUCAUCGCUCCCAUCCAAAGGUAUCCUCGUACGGCAGCAACGAGAACCAAUUCACGACGACUCAACAGCAGCUACUGCAGCAGCAGCAGCAGCAGUCGAAAAUGUUGGGAGUGAGCCAGCAGCCGGGCAGCUCGAAUCUGCGCCACUCGGCGAGCUUCUCGUGCCUUCAGCGCGGCUCGUCCGACGUCGGCCACAGGGCGCGCACCUCGACCCUGCCCCAGCAGCCCGGAUUGUUCACGACCGCGGCCCAGCUCACUGGUGGUGGCCAUCACCAUCACCAUCACCACCAUCACCAUCAUCAUCGUCACAAUCAAGCCUACGGAGCAGCUAACAACGGCGUCGGCGGCGGCAGUAAUGGCGCGUCGUCGCUGCAGCUCGGCGGUCAACAGAACGGCAGCAAUAGUCGCCAACCGGCGCUCAGCAACGAUCUGUCCUCCUCCUACAACAACGCGGCGGACAACAACGAGUACGGCUUCGUGAGGAUGAGGCCGAGGCUGCACAGCACCAACGCGGUCAUGCUGAGAGGGAAUCGAGGCGGCAGCGAGGACGACGUCAUGUCCAAGUCGACGGGCUCGUAUCUGGGCAACGGUAUGACCAAGCAGAGCGUCGGCUACUGCGAUCACGGCGGGAGUCAUCAUCAAGCGGCGGCCACUGCGACUCCCAACGAGUCGAAGAACACGUUGAGAGGUGCCCUCAUAUACUUUACCAAUUCGACGACCAACUGGUGGAAGAACAAGCAGAACUCCAUGUCGAGCGAGCCGGACAUCAAGUGGACGACGACGACGACUUCGCCGGCGCAGGAGCGCAGAUGUUGGCCACCGGGUGCCUCCUCGUCCACGUCGACGGCGGUCAAGGAGGCCAGCAGCAAGUGGCCCUGCGUCGGACGCGUACCGACCCCCGAGCAGCAGCAGCAGCAACAGCAACAGAGCACGAAAGAGGCGAGAAAGUGGAGCACUCCGUCCUCAAGUUCGUCGUCCAACAAUAACAGUAGCAACAGCAACAGCAGCGCCGCAAGUAGCAGCAACAACAACAGCAACAAUCAGGACAGACGAUGGAAGUCCCUGGGAGCUUUGCUGAAGCCACUGCCGAUCGGCAGCAGUAGCACCGCCACUCAUCACUCGUCGUCGAACGGUGGCGGUAAUUCGUCGCAUCAUCCGACCAUUCGCCACAACGCGAGCAUGUCGAUGGCCGACGAUUACCGGCCGGGCGAUCGCAAGUCCUCGAGCAUGGACAACAACGCCUCGUCGCAGAUGGCCAACUACAGCAACAGCUAUUAUCGUCGCAAGGAUCAACAGCAGCAGCAACAGCCUCAGACGCAAAAAUUAGGCGCCAAAGCCAACGGUGGUGGUGAUUAUUCGACGACGAGCGGCAACAACGUCGUCAAGAGCCUCGAGGCCAUAGACGUGGAUCUGAGAAGCAGGCUGGAAGCCAAAGAGAGCACCCGCAGCUCGGCCCGGGCCCAGAGCUUUUAUCUCCUCGACGACUUUCUGACUCCGCAACCGCCCCGGACGUCGACCAAUUCGAGCUCGAAGCUCCACGAGCCAUCGACCACUGCCAAUACCAUGAACGGAAGUAACACCACUGCCGCGUCGUCCUCUUAUCCGCUGUUCGCCUCGACGUCGUCCAUGUCGUCGUCCUACUCGGCCAGGCCCUCGAUGAACGACCACCAGAACGGCAUGAACAACGGCUUGAAGAGCAAUCCGGGCUCGUCGAUCGCCGCGCGCGCCACGAUCGCCGCGACCAACAUCACGCCUCCGCGACGGCACAACUCCAGCUCGGACAGUCUCGAGGUGGCGGCCAGUCCGCUGCCCCCGCCCGUGCCGCCGAUGCCGCCGCAAAUGACGAGUUUGACGAAAAGAAAAGCCUGCAGCUGCAAGGAUUGCUUCGCUAAUUUGCGACAGAAGCCGCUGCAUAAAGAGAGUCCCGGCACGCUGUACAACAAAGAUGUCGGCGGAGGCGGCGGUGGUGGCGGCGGUCACGUCAACAAGACCAGUGCUAAGAGCAUCGGCGGCGGCGGUGGUCUGGGCGGCGGCGCCACCCUCACCUCGCUCUCGGCCAACAUCGGCAAUUCCGUCAACGUCGGCCGCAACAAGAACGCCCCGAUACAGGCGCAUCGCGAGGUACUGCCGAGCCUCGGCAAUUCCAAGACCCUGCGGCUGGAUCACCACCGCGCGUCCUCGGACAACAACAACGUCAACAACGCGAACGCGAACCACAUCGUCGGACUGGGCGGCGGCGGUGGCCAUCAUCACCAUCAUCAACUGCAGGACAAUCCGUACAGCAACAGCACCGGUCAAUUGUUGACGUCGCAAACGGCGCAAACGACGACGACGUCGACGACCGACGGCACGGCCUACAGCACCACCACCACCAGCAACAGCGGCGGCAGCGGCAAGCGAUACCCGAUGACGCCCGAGCAGGCGAUGAAGUACUACGGCUCGAAACUGACCGAGUUCGAGCGCACCGAGAUCGAGAAGUACUCGGAGAUCUGGUAUCUCGGUCUGUCGGCCUGCAAGAUACACGGCGAGGAGGGAGCGGCCCAGAACGGCGGCUACGACGACGACAACGGCAGCUACAACAAGGUGCUGCACGACCACAUCUCCUAUCGCUACGAGAUCAUGGAGGUGAUCGGCAAGGGCAGCUUCGGCCAGGUGAUCAGGGCGCUGGACCACAAGACCGGCCACAACGUCGCCAUCAAGAUCAUACGCAACAAGAAGCGCUUCCAUCAUCAGGCCCUGAUCGAGGUCAAGAUACUGGACCAUCUCCGGAAGAAGGACAAGGAGACCAACAACUCGCACAACGUCAUACACAUGCUCGAGUACUUUUACUUCAGGAAUCAUCUCUGCAUCAGUUUCGAGCUUAUGAGCUUAAAUCUGUACGAGCUCAUCAAGAAGAACAAUUACCAGGGAUUCAGCUUGAGCCUGAUUCGAAGAUUCGCGAGCUCGUUGGUGAGCUGUCUGAAGCUGCUGCACCGUGAGAACAUCAUCCACUGCGAUCUCAAGCCCGAAAACGUACUGCUGAAGCAGCGCGGCAGCAGCUCCAUCAAGGUCAUCGACUUCGGCUCGUCGUGCUACAGCCACCAGCGCGUCUACACCUACAUACAGUCGCGCUUCUAUCGCAGUCCCGAGGUGAUACUCGGCCUUCCCUACGGCACGCCGAUCGACAUGUGGUCGCUCGGCUGCAUAUUAGCCGAGCUCUUCACCGGCUAUCCGCUCUUUCCUGGCGAGAACGAGGUCGAGCAGUUGGCCUGCAUCAUGGAGGUGCUCGGCAAGCCACCAGACAACGUCAUCAAUCACGCCUCGAGGCGCAGGCUCUUUUUCGAUUCAAAGGGUCAACCUCGCUGCGUGACCAACAGCAAGGGUAAGAAAAGGAGGCCGGCAAGCAAGUCGGUCGCGUUGGCCCUCAAGUGCAGGGAUCCGCUCUUCGUCGAUUUCGUCAGUCGAUGCCUCGAAUGGGACGCUAAAAAGCGCAUGAGUCCGGACGAGGCGAUGAACCACGAGUGGCUAUUGGCCGGCUCCUCGUCCUCGCAUCAGCUGUCCACCUCGUCGACGACGAUGAGCAUGUCGAUGACGGGCAGCAGCAGCGGCUUGGUGAGCUCGGGCCUCGUCGUCGACCAGAAUCAGCCCAGUCACGGCCAGACGGCCGGAGCGACGAGCAGCGUCGUCUCGACGAGCGUCGGCAUGGUGCCGAGCGUCAACGCGGCGGCCCGACGACAGCGCGUCGACAGCGGCAGCCAGCAGCAGCAUCAGCAGACGAGCGUCGACGACCACGCGGAGCAGCAGUUCUACGCGCUCUACCGGCUCUACCGGAAUCGCAAGUGCGCCUCGAAGAUCUCGGGAUUGGACACGACCGACAGCAGCAACGAUCUCAGCCAGUCGGCCCAGGUGGCGACCAGCAACGGAUCGACCCAGACCAAUCAGAGCAGCCAGAGCAAUCAGAGCAACCUCGUGAAGAGCAAGCUGAGCGGCGUCGGCGGCUCGUCCAGUCACGCACUCGCCGCGGGCUCGCAGUCGUCGAGCUCGAGGCACGCCUCGACGGGCGACAUCGUUACCAACCUCGAGCCGAGCCUCGACGACUCCGGCACGUUUCUGCCGCACAUACUCUCUUGAAGUCGGGUGCGGGCUAGCCAUUUUUAGACGCCGAAGCGCGCCGCUGCAGCUCCGAGCUUGCGUAAAUACGAUUGUUGAAAACUUUUGUUGCCUCUUUGUUGAACAAAAUAUUAGAGACGCGCGCGCGCGUGCUGCGUCGAUGCGAGCGAGCUGCGAGGCUUUGAUCAAGACUGUUCAUUUCAAUUCUAUGCUAUCGUGGACGAAGAGGAAUCGCAUUGCGCCUGCUCGCCUUUCUUUUGGUCUUCGUUUCGUCUCUUUUUUUCGUGCAUUGACGCUAAUAAUAAUAUUAAUAAAGAUAACGAUAUUCAUAACGGUAAAGCGCAGUCGUCUUUUGUGGCACGUACACGAGUCCUGUCAUCGGAACAAGGACUCGUUUGCCGCGGAAAAUUAGGCGCUGGAUGAAAAAAAUGGCUGGCUCGCGUGCGAGUUUGUUUGCGGGCGCUGCGGUCGCGCGAUGAGAAAAUUAAGGAAAGAAAAAUUGUCGAAAGCGAUCAAGCAGCUAGUGUUUAGUUAGGCUAAUUGUCCGACUGUCGUGUGUAUAAUGUAUGUCGAUCCAAGCUUUAGUGCAACAAUACGAUACACGAAUCUUUUACGUUGAGUCUAAAUUCGGCGUGUGAUUUUUUGUAAGUGUGAGAAUUUCUAUAAAUUAUUAUACGAAUAAAUAGUUGACGGCGUUGAGAGAGAUAAGUAUUUCUGCGAGCCAGGACGUUUGUCGUUUGCUCGCUUCGUGAGUAAAUCGAAUAAUCGAUGGCUUAUAUCGCAAUUAUGAUCGCGUCGCCUGUAGGGAGGGACGAGAGAACUUUUUGACCAAGCGCGUGCUCGCGCCCCCAUUAUAUAGUAUAAUAAGUAUUUUAACGCUAGACGAAUUUGGCAAAAAGUUCGCCGUCUCUGUUGAUGACUCCUGAAAACAAAAUACAUAAAAUAUACAUAAAUGAAGUAAUGAAAUAUAUAUACAAAUAUGUAUAUAUAAUACACAUUGAUUAUCAGUGAAAAAAGUCUAAUUAUAAUAAGAUAAGUCUUAAUUAAAUUGAUGGUUAUUUCCCAGUGGAUUAAUCUUUCGUAAUCGAUAUGACCCCGUUUUUUCGCGCGAGGCCUGAGUAGUCUUAUUGUGAUAUUAAACUACCACUGUCUUACUUGGAUCUCUUGAUAUAAUUGAGAAUAAUUAUGGAUUAUAAUAAUAUUAAAUAGUAACACUGAAAUCAUGACGACGAGAAAGCGAUAAAAGUAACAUCGUUUUCAUCAAAUAUUUCAUCGGUCAUUAAAAUUUAAGUUAUUUCAAUACCGCCUCAUUAACUACGUACGGUUAUUUAAUUAUUUCGUUGAAUUAAGACCCCCGGUUAAAUUAAGCAUGUACGAACAUACAACCUGUAAGUUAUUAAACAUAUAAAUAAUAUACAUAUGAAUGAAUAUUAUUUUGUUAUGCUUUCGAGAGCAUGGCAUUUUACUGCCAGCACUACGACUGUAAUUAUUAUACAUAGACAUUCUUGGGAGCAGAGAAAAAAAAAUACCUUGCGCGUGUUACAAUUUUUAACAACGAUCAUGUAUACUGUGCGUAACGCGCUCGCGUGGGUGAUAAAUAAAGAGCGUUCCUCGGCUUUAAGCACAAGCUCGACGACGACGAAAAAAAAAACAAUGAAACGGAAUCGAUUUUAAAGUCUGCGAAUUAAAGGAUGUUCAGCGGAACACAAAAAGUCUGCGCGUAUACUCAUGAGUGAGCAGCAUCGCUUAGCUCUAAUAAAUCAUUUAUUGCAUCUUAUAGAACUUUCAUUUACAUUGCGUUUUUUAAUAUAUUUAUUAGCUUAACAAACGUUUCGUCUUUGUCCUCCCAAGCCUCAUUUUCAUGAAUAUUCAUUCUUGCGAACUCGUGUAUUACGUACGUAUAUAAUGGAGAAUGAUAAGUACUUGUCGUCUUUUCGUGUGUAAAUAUAUUUAAAAUUAAGCGUAUGCAAAUAUUUUCAUUCACCAUUACUGACGAUCCAUUUAAUGGACGCUUACACUGUGUAUGCAUUUUCGAAGAAUUAACAUUCAAAUUUUUAUGUCAUGUGUAUAUUGAUAUUAUGGAAUGUGUGAAAUUAAAAUAUAUUAAAACAAACUUUUUUGAUCGAACAGAAA